UACAAGUGUCAGUCUUUAAAGUCAGAAUUGUGUGCCGUUUGGUGAAGACAUGGAGGUAAUUGAAUCAUGCUCUAAUACAAUCUUGAUAAAGUUGUAGCUCCCUUUUUAACUGUCAUCAAUCAAUGUAAGAACAGCCAUAACAAAAGAUGUCAAUUUAAGGGAAUGAAAUUAUUGUGACAACAACACCUAGCAAUGUUACCGAUAUUUCAUUACCACAAUUGUCUUGAUAUACCAGUUUACAAAUUUUUACAAAUUUAUCCUAGAUUCAGGAAAAGUUAACCGAUUGAGCCUAACGAUGCGUAUUGAACAAAUGAUUUUUAAGAAUCGUGAUAGAUAGGUCAUUUCCAAAAUUGGUAUAAUGGUAAUUGGUAUAAUGGUUGUCAAAGUGUUAGGAUAAUCUAUUUUAUAUACUGAGAUCUUUUGUCAACAAAAUCUUUUUAUUCACACAGGCGAAAGGAAAAUAAAGAUGACGGAAAGUUUAAUAAAUGAAUGGUUAGCAGAUUGUGCAGAUGUAUCAUCAUCGGAACUCCAUACUUUUGCAACUACUUUAUCGCAAGACAAUGAAAUAGUCAGAGCUCUUUAUGUACUCUUGGAAGAACGUAGUAAAUAUAGUCAGUUGAUGGAUAUAGUAUGUGAUCAAUUAUACAAUUUUUAUCGUUCUCGAGAAACAGAAUUACAAAGAUUUACCUUGCAAUUUUUGCCAACAUUAGUAUAUAUUUACUUAAAUUCUGCAGCUCAUGGUGAUAUUAAGAAUUGUCGGUCUGUAGAAACAUUAUUAAUUGGUUUGUAUAAUCUAGAGAUAGUGGAUAAAUCUGGACAACAAAAAGCAAUUUCUUUUAGACUACCUUCACUUGCUAUGCUUUCCAUAUUUCAUGAGCCUGCAAGUUUAGCACCUGCAUCUUUAACCGAGAGUGCAGUGCGUAGAUUUGAAGAAUGUAAUACAAAACUCGUUAGUUGGGGUCCACUGCAACAAGUUGAAACACUAAAUGCUCAGAAUAGAUUAAAAGUUAUGACUGCUCUUCUUUUUAUCUACAAUCAACAACUCGGUUAUAUAAAUAAAUUCGCGUUAGAGCAAUUAUGCAAAGUUGCUACCAAACUCGUCACUCAAGGAUUUAUGAAGCCUGGACAUCAUCAACGAUCUUCGUACGGAAGCGAGUCUAGUUUUGUUCCAAGACUUUUACCACGUAUUCCCGUAUCGAGUCAAUUUCUGCUUGAAUUUUUGCACGCUGUAUAUUUUGCUAUGUAUAAUGAUUGUUGGUAUUUAGGAACACAAGCAGUAGAAGAUAUUCAUAAUCGAGCAUGUUAUGAGACAUAUCCAGAUGUUAUGCUUGUCACCAAUGCUAUACGUAAUUCCGCCAGUACUGGACCAUCAGGUCAACCUAGUGAUGGACCAAUUGGCAUUAGUGUUGCAUUAUCGCCAGCAACUGCAACUGCUACGGUGUCCAAAUCGAUGAUCACAAAUGCUUCGUUCCGGACCAAAAAAUUACCAGGUAUAUUUUUCAUUUUAAUUGAACUUUGCGUCAUAAUCUAACAAAUUAUGUCCAGACAUUUUACUUAUGUUUGUUUUUUUAAAUAUUUUAUGCACAAUACGGAAACUAUUUUUUAUUAGAUUAAUUACAAAUAUCCAGCAUGUCAGUUGUUGUAUAGCAAUUACUAAUUAGUAUGCACUAAGACAAAACAAAAGUUUCUUAAUUUGGAAAAUUUUCUUAAAGUUGGAAACCAAAUUUAAAUGUGUUAGUAUAUAUGAAAUACUAAUAUUAACAGCAUAAAGAAUGCAUGAAUAUAGUGAUACAAGUAUAUAAAUCAUAUUAUAAAUAAAUGGUAGUAAUUGUAGUUAUUUUUCUAAAUAUUUUUUAGUUUACAUUCUUGUAUUAUAA